UAAAAGUACUCGAACUCGUCAUUAGUGAAAUAGUGUGUUUUUUCUACUUUCUCUCCACACAAGUUUGGUUUUGGCGUUAGACGUCUUUGAAUUGGAUAAAACAGAAACAAGUUUGGUUCUUUUUUGUGUUUUAGUAUUGAAGAUAAUGAAAUGAUGAUGAAUUGUGGAGCGAUGAAUGCUACUACCCCUUCUUCUACUUCUUGGUCUGCUUCUCACAGCUCCAAAAUUCCCAUGUUGUUGCCUAGGGCAAUUUGGAGCACACAAAGAAUGUGUUGUGGCUCUGGUGUUCACGUGCAUACUUGUGUUAGUACUAAUGUCUCAAAAAAUGCUAAAGACUCAAUGGUUUGGUCUGGAACAUCACCAUCUUUAUAUUCUAAGCAGCCAAUCAACAAAUUCUUGUUGCCUUUGAGAGCAUUAGUGACUUCUACAUCUGAAGAUGUUCCCAUUGCAUCUCUUAUUGGUCGAGAAAAGGUAGGAGUUUUGUUGCUUAAUCUUGGUGGUCCUGAGACUCUUGAAGACGUGCAGCCUUUCCUUUUUAAUCUUUUUGCUGACCCGGACAUUAUACGAUUGCCAAGGUUGUUUCGGUUUCUUCAAAAGCCCUUGGCCCAAUUUAUAUCUGUCGCGAGGGCACCAAAGAGCAAAGAAGGCUAUGCUUCAAUUGGUGGUGGCUCUCCUUUGCGGCAUAUAACUGAUGCACAGGCUGAAGAACUGAGGAAAUCUCUGUGGGAAAAGCAAGUCCCAGCAAAGGUGUAUGUUGGUAUGCGCUACUGGCACCCAUUCACUGAAGAAGCCAUUGAACAGAUAAAAAGAGAUGGAAUCACAAAGCUUGUUGUCCUUCCGCUUUAUCCACAGUUUUCAAUAUCAACUAGUGGCUCAAGCCUUCGACUCUUGGAGAGUAUAUUCCGGGAAGAUGAAUAUCUAGUAAGCAUGCAGCAUACAGUGAUACCUUCUUGGUACCAGCGUGAAGGAUACAUCAAAGCUAUGGCAAAUUUAAUUGGAAAGGAAUUAGAAACAUUUGACCAUCCUGAGCAGGUUCUGAUAUUUUUUAGUGCACAUGGUGUGCCACUUGCAUAUGUGGAAGAGGCUGGUGAUCCGUAUAAAGCAGAAAUGGAGGAAUGCAUAGAUUUGAUAAUGGAGGAAUUAGAAAAGAGAAAGAUUAUGAAUGCAUACACUCUUGCUUAUCAGAGCAGAGUUGGACCUGUCGAAUGGUUGAAACCUUAUACUGAUGAGACAAUCAUUGAGCUUGGGAAGAGAGGGGUGAAAUGUCUCUUGGCUGUUCCAAUUAGUUUUGUCAGUGAGCAUAUUGAAACUUUGGAAGAAAUUGAUGUUGAGUACAAAGAGCUGGCUCUUAAGUCUGGUAUAGAAAAAUGGGGACGUGUUCCUGCACUAGGAUGUGAACCAACGUUCAUUUCAGAUUUGGCAGAUGCAGUGAUUGAGAGUCUUCCAUAUGUAGGAGCUAUGGCAGUCUCAAAUAUUGAAGCUCGACAGGUACCCUUAUUUUCUCAACAACUUAGAAGCAAAAUAAGAUGCUUGAAGUUUGCUGUUUGUAGAUGCCAGCAUGAAACUUCUCAAUGCCAGUGGAACUUUUUAUCUACAAGUUUGGGAUCUUCGCAGUCUUUAGUUCCACUCGGCAGUGUAGAGGAGCUACUGGCAGUGUAUGAUUCAAAACAAAGGGAGCUACAAUCGCCUGUGAUGGUAUGGGAAUGGGGUUGGACAAGAAGUGCAGAAACCUGGAACGGACGAGCAGCUAUGCUGGCAGUUCUUGUUCUAUUGGUUCUAGAAGUCACCACCGGGCAGGGUUUUUUGCACCAAUGGGGUAUAUUGCCAUUUUUUCAUUGAACAACAGCGAACAAAACCUUCCCCACCUCUAUCAAACGAACUAUGCCAAGUGUAAAUUUUGUUACUGAAAUCGACAUGCUUAAUUCCUAAUGUAUCAUAUAUAUAUAUACAUGCUAAUUUGAACACUAUGGCAUUAUUGUAUAUGGCCAUACUUGGUUGGAUUUGGGUUAAUGGCAUCGUACAGGCUGUGCAGCCCUUCAAUGGGUGAAAGUAAUUGUAUGCUAGAUGUUCUAUUAUUUGUUUA